AUGGACGAAGUUGAAAACAUGACAUUAGUAAAGGGCAUUGUCCACGCCAAUGUUGGUUCUGCGGGAGCAGCAGAUACGCCUCUGGAGCUAACGAGCCCGUGUCACAACAACAACGUUCGGAGGAGAAGCAGAGCCAUGGCGGGGCUGGAGCAGUGGGUGAGCGACCGCCUCCAUGACAUCCUGGGCCUUAGCGACCGCUACGUGUCUCAGUUCAUGAUCGGAUUGGCUCGAAAGGCGUCCAGCGCAGAUGACUUUGUGAGCAGACUGCAGCAGACGGGGACCAUCGACAUCGACCAGAGCGUGACAGGCUUUGCCCAUGAGCUCUAUACCAAGAUCCCUCAGAAAGCCGUGGUGGAGAAGCCGGCGCGGGCCCUGGAGCGCCAGGCCCUAGAGAUGCAGAGGAAGAACCAGACCUACACUCUGCUGGAGGACAGCGACAGUGACGGCGCCGCAGCUCCAGACGCCAAAACCAAACACAGCAAACGCGACAGAGACUCGGGGAAGGAGCGGGAUCGCGGAGGCAAGAGGAGGCACAUCCGCCAGAAGAAGGACAGCGAAUCUAGCGAGGAGGAGAUGCCCCAAAAGAGUGCCUCAGAUCCCAGGAGUAUGAAGCAGGAAGAGGAGGAGGAGGAGGAGGAGGAGGAGUGGGAGAAGGAGGAGAGGGAACGGAUCCACGACUUGGAGGAGAGGGACGCCUUCGCUGAGAGAGUGCGGCAGAAAGACAAGGACAAGACCAGGAACAUCGCCGAGCGCACGGACAAGAAGGCGUACGAGGAGGCUCAGAAGAGGCUCAAGAUGGCUGAAGACGACCAGAGAAACAUGGUUCCGAAGCUGAGAGAGGAGUCCCGUCGGGAGUACUUGAAGAAGCGCGAGGAGGAGAAACUGGAGGACCUGGAGGCGGAGAUCAAAGAUGAGGAGUACCUGUUCUCUGACAACAUGACCAAACGGGAGCGGGAGGAGCUGGACUACAAGCGCACCGUGAGGGACCUGGCCAAAGAGUACAAGAAGGCCGGAGCCAAGGAGCUGGAGGAGAGGAAGAACCGCUACUACAUGCCUGAAGAAAAGAGGAGCAAGGACGUUCCUCAGCGAGACCUGGAGCUGGAGGACACGCCCCUGGAGCUGGGCGGGGAGCAGGGCCGCUGGGAGGAGGAGCGACUGCGCACCGCCGCUCUCUCCUUUGGGGCCAAGAGGGAGCGAGAGCUGGGGAUGCAGCAGGAGCAGGACCGCUACCAACUGAUUCUGGAGGAGGAGGAGAUGAUCGACUUCGUGAGCACCGCCAUCACCAUGAAGGGAACACUCUCCGAGAUGGAGCAGCAGGAGGAGCCGGCUCUGUCCCAGUCGGAGCUGAAGAAGCAGUCCAUUCAGGAGGUCCGUCGCAGUCUGCCCAUCUUCCCCUACAGAGAGGACCUGCUCAGGGCCAUCACAGAGCACCAGAUCCUGGUGAUCGAGGGAGAGACCGGCUCCGGGAAGACCACCCAGAUCCCCCAGUACCUGAUCGAGGACGGUUACACCAGCGGAGGGAUGAAGAUCGGCUGCACUCAGCCUCGUCGAGUGGCGGCCAUGUCUGUGGCCGCUCGAGUCGCAGAGGAAACCGGCGUCAAACUAGGAAACGAGGUGGGCUACAGCAUCCGCUUUGAGGACUGUACGUCUGAGAGGACCGUGCUCAAAUACAUGACUGAUGGAAUGUUACUGCGAGAGUUUCUCACUGAACCAGACUUGGCCAGCUACAGUGUGGUGAUCAUUGACGAGGCCCACGAGCGCACCCUCCACACAGACAUCCUGUUUGGUCUGAUCAAAGACAUCGCCCGGUUCAGGUCUGACCUCAAAGUGCUGGUGGCCAGUGCCACGCUGGACACAGAGAGGUUCUCCUGCUUCUUUGACGACGCCCCAGUCUUCAGGAUCCCAGGACGCAGGUUUCCUGUGGACAUCUUCUACACUAAGGCUCCGGAGGCAGAUUACCUCGAGGCCUGUGUGGUCUCUGUGCUUCAAAUCCACGUCACACAGUCUCCAGGGGACGUGCUGGUCUUCCUCACUGGACAGGAGGAGAUUGAAGCGUGCUGUGAGCUGCUGCAGGAGCGAUGUCGUCGUCUUGGAUCCAAAAUCGCAGAGCUGGUGAUCCUCCCCAUCUACGCCAACCUGCCCUCCGACAUGCAGGCCAAGAUCUUCUCCCCCACUCCCCCAGGGGCCCGGAAGGUGGUUGUGGCCACAAACAUCGCAGAAACCUCGCUGACCAUCGAUGGCAUCAUUUAUGUGAUCGACCCGGGCUUUUGCAAACAGAAGAGCUACAACGCACGCACAGGCAUGGAGUCUCUCAUCGUCACGCCAUGUUCACGGGCCUCUGCGAACCAGCGUGCGGGUCGAGCAGGACGCGUGGCUGCGGGGAAGUGCUUCAGACUCUACACAGCCUGGGCCUUCAAACACGAGAUGGAGGAAACCACGGUCCCAGAGAUCCAGAGGACCAACCUGGGGAAUGUGGUCCUGCUGCUGAAGAGCUUAGGUAUCAACGACCUGAUUCACUUUGACUUCAUGGAUCCUCCUCCACACGAGACUCUGGUUCUGGCUCUGGAACAGCUGUACGCACUGGGAGCGCUCAACCACCUGGGGGAGCUCACCAAGAUGGGUCGUCGGAUGGCUGAGCUCCCGGUGGACCCCAUGCUCAGUAAGAUGAUCCUGGCUUCAGAACAGUACAAGUGUUCGGAGGAAAUCCUGUCAAUCGCCGCCAUGUUGUCGGUGAAUAACUCCAUCUUUUAUCGGCCAAAAGACAAAGUGGUGCACGCCGACAACGCACGCCAGAACUUCACCGUACCAGGAGGAGACCACCUGGUGCUGCUCAACGUCUACAACCAGUGGGUGGAGAGCGGCUUCUCGACGCAGUGGUGCUACGAGAACUUCAUCCAGUUCCGGUCAAUGCGUCGAGCGCGAGACGUGCGCGAGCAGCUGGAGGGACUGAUGGAGCGCAUCGAGGUGGAGGUGGUGAGCUCACAGGGAGACUGUGUGCCCAUACGCAAGGCCGUCACCGCGGGUUACUUCUACCACACGGCGCGUCUCAGUAAAGGCGGCUACAAGACGGUGAAGCAUCAGCAGACGGUCUACGUGCAUCCAAACAGCUGCCUGUUCGAGGAGCAGCCGCGCUGGCUCAUCUACCACGAACUGGUCUUCACCACCAAGGAGUUCAUGAGACAGGUGAGGAGGAGGGGGGUGAGAGGGGAGGAGAGAUGA